AUGAAGUAUAUCAACGAAACAAUAGAUACCGCUGAUCUGAAUGGCAAGUGUAAACACAAUGAAUAUGCUGAUAAACGCCGACAUGCUCGAACACUUCAACUCGCUGUUGGAGAUUGUGUUUUUGUGCAACAAGAGAAACAGAAUAAUUUACCACCACAAUUUGACCCAAAUUCAUACACCAUAACGGCAGUAAAAGGAACCAUGAAUACGGCUACGAGAGCUGAUCAUUGCAUAACUCGGAACAGUUCACAUUUCAAGUCAUUCACGGGAAGUGCUUCAAAUCAAGGAGAAACCAGUGACAACAAAGUUUAG